AUGGCGGUGACCACUUUGCAGUUCGUUGGCGCGUUCUUGCUGGCGUUGUUCGCUGUGGCCUCCUCGUUUGAUCCGUUCCACCGGACUGGGCAAAGCAUGAAUCCGAUGGGCAGCGGUGGACCCUUCAUGCCCCACGAGUACGUCCGCUUCGCCGACGUCAAGCGGCAGUGCCAGUCCGUGCUCGCCUCCGCCGCGGAGCUCAAGUUCGACGCCAACCGCGCCGCCGCCCUCAUGCCGGAGCUUUCGUUCCUCAAGGCCGACUGGCAGCAGGACGUCAACGACGGCGCGCCGCUCAUGCCGUUCGACGGGACCGACGUGCCGGACGGCGCCGCCGCGUCCGACCCGCUCCGGCUGGCCACGUUCACCCUCUCGCACGUCGACGUGGCGCUCCGCGGGAAGACUGCGCUCAACGUCAGCGGCGUCCUCGGCGUCGCCGUCUCCCGCAACGGCACCGCCCCGGAGAUGGGCCCGUACGUGUCGCCCGAGUUCAAGGUGUGGCCCGGGAGCACCGAGAUGAAGAUACUCUUCGAGGGCGUGUACACCGAGACCGGCGACGGGGAGAGCGUGCUCUGCCUGGUCGGCGAGGCCCUGCUCCCCCGGCGCGGCGCCGACGCCGCCAACCCGUGGGACUGGGCCAAGAACUCCGACCGCAAGAACUUCCAGCCGCCCAUCACCAAGGACAAGAACGUCCUGCUCGUGAUCCGGUACCCGACCACGCUCACGCUCACGACGCGCGCCGUGCGUGGCGAGCUCACGAGCACCAACGCCCAGUCGGACGCCGCCUACUUCGGCGCCGUCACGAUGCUGUCGCAGCUGGGCGCCUACUCCAACUACAAGUACGGGUCGGAGGAGCUCGUGAGCACGGCGUGCAGCACCAAACCGUACCCCGACGGCGUCCUCGGCGACGGCAGCGGCCUGUACACAGGCGGCUCGCUGUGCGGUAUCCUCGACCUGUUCACGUCGGAGGACGUGUUCGCCGUCGUGCCCAACUGGAAGUGCAACUCCACGGACGCGAUCUGCCGGCGUCUCGGGCCGUUCGAGGCCGACAAGUCGGUCGACGCGACGGAUGGUGGGUUCAAGGACGUCGGUAUCCUGAUGCAGGACAUAAGAUGCGAUCCGAGCUCUGGUUCCGGCGAGAGGUCGGCGAGGGUUUCGGCGGUGUUCCGCGCCGUCCCUCCGUCGGAGCACCUGUACACGGCGGCGCACCGGAGCGGGCUGAGCGGCAUGACGCUGUCCGCCGAGGGCGUGUGGCGCGCGUCCACGGGGCAGCUCUGCAUGGUGGGCUGCCUCGGCGUCGGCGAGAAGGCGUGCCACUCGCGCGUGUGCCUUUACGUGCGCACGGGCCUCUCGGCCACACGACGCACCGUCGUGGUGGGCCAGAUCACCAGCAUCGGCGGCGUCGCCCACUCGCCGCUGACGUUCAGACGGGCGAUGCACCCGUCGGAGCUGUGGAACCGGUUCGGCGUGUCGGGCGGCGCGCCGCUCACCAUGGAGUACAACUACACUAAGGUGAAGCAGGCCGGCGAGUUCCUCGCGCGCAGCGAGCCGUUCAAUUUCGGCACCGCCAUUGCCAAGUCUCUGCUGAGCUAUCCGAGACUAUCGGGUGACGAUCUGUCCAGCCUAGCCGACGAGCUCACCCUCCACGUGCCGGUCGUGCCCGACCCGUUCCCUCGCGAACGCUUUGAGCGGCCGUUCCUUCAGCUGGAGGUGCUCUCGCUCGGCCAUCUCGUCGGCCGGAACGUGCCGGCGAUUCCAGGAAUGCCACUCACAGAAAAAGAGGGACGUGGCAAAGGACGCCCCACGUCGGAAUCACAAACAGAGACGACGAUGACGACGACAUCGAUCCUGAACGUGUCAGCUGAGCUCACGCUCUCCGGUGAUCUUUACGCUAACGUGUCGACGCUGUUCCUGGAAGGCGUGUACAACCAGGUGGACGGGCGGAUGUACCUGAUCGGGUGCCGGAGCAUCGACGCGCCGUGGCGAGACUUCUCUGCUAUGCGCGCGCUGGAGGACGGCAUGGACUGCUCGAUCGAGGUGAGGGUGGACUACCCGCCGACGACCGCGCAGUGGCUGAUCAACCCCACCGCCAAGGUGCACAUCGCCAGCACGCGCGACCCCCUUGACCCGCGGCGCUUCGACGCGAUGUCGCUCCAGACGCUGCCGAUCAUGUACCGGCAGCAGCGGCAGGACAUCCUGUCCCGGCGCAGCGUGGAGGGGAUCCUCCGCUUGACGACGCUGGUGGCCGCCAUAGGCGCCGAGUUCUCCCAGCUGAUGUACAUCAAGGCGAACACGGACGUGAUGCCGUACGUGUCCCUGGUGAUGCUGGGCGUGCAGGCGCUCGGGUACAGCAUGCCGCUCAUCACCGGCGCCGAGGCCCUGUUCGCGCGGAUCGCCGCCGCGGGAGUCAACGCGCCGCCGUCGUACGUGGUGGACAAGAGCCAGCUGUACUGGACCAUCGACUGCGUCGUCAAGAUCCUCGUCCUCGCCGCGUUUCUCCUGACGCUCCGGCUGGCGCAGAAGGUCGUGCGGUCGCGGAUCCGGAUGCUCACGCGCUCCCCGCUUGAGCCCGGCCGCGUGCCCAGCGACCGGAAGGUAUUCCUCUACAGCUUCGGCCCUCACCUGCUGGGGUUCAUGGUGAUCCUGGCGGUGCGCUACGUCAGCGCCAUUGGCCGGCCGGUGCAGCAGGAGGACUCGUACAUGGACGCGAGCGGCAGGUCGCACGCGCUCCGGCAGUGGGCGGUGACGCUAGAGGAGUACGUGGGGCUCUCCCAGGACUUCUUCCUGCUGCCGCAGGUGGUGGGGAACGUGCUGUGGAGGAUCAACUGCAGGCCGCUUAAGAAGAGCUACUACGUGAGCUUGACAGUGGUGCGGCUGCUGCCGCACCUCUACGACUACAUCAGGGCGGCGCCGGCGAUCAACCCUUACUUCGCGGAGGAGUAUGAGUUCGUGAACACUAGCCUCGACUUCUACUCGGCGUUCGGAGACGUUGCGAUCCCACUGCUGGCGAUCGCGCUCGCCGCCGCCGUGUACGUGCAGCAACGGUGGAACUACAAGAUCAUCAGCAGGACCGUCAAGACGCAGCAGAAGAAGCUGCAGCACCUCGGAUCCAGAGUGUACGAGAGGCUGCCGUCCAUGUCGUCGGGGAACUUCGAGGCUGAGCUCGUCGCCGGCGUCAACGAGGCCGCGGUCGGGCCACGCCGGGACGCCAGCAGCCUCACCUAA